AAAUUCGAGUGUGCAACAGCUUAAAGUGAAUCAAGUGAUGAAGAUUUUAAUGAUUUUUGUGCUUAUUAUGGCCCUUGUGGUCAUUGACAUCUGUGCAUUCCAGUGGAGCUUUAUUAAGUUUGGAAGUGAAAAAGCAUCAGUACCACAAAAUCAACCCGUGCAAGUGCAAAGUGAAAAAUUCUUAAAACGAGUUAAACGUCUAGAUCCAACAACUGUUCCAAUUGAUACAACAACAGUCCCUGUGGAUACAACAACGGUCCCUGUGGAUACAACAACGGUCCCAGUGGAUACAACAACGGUCCCAGUGGAUACAACAACAGUCCCUGUGGAUACAACAACGGUCCCUGUGGAUACUACAACGGUUCCGGUUGAUACAACAACAGUCCCUGUGGAUACAACAACAGUCCCUGUGGAUACAACAACGGUCCCUGUGGAUACAACAACGGUCCCAGUGGAUACAACUACGGUUCCAGUUGAUACAACAACGGUCCCAGUGGAUACAACAACGGUCCCAGUGGAUACAACAACAGUCCCUGUGGAUACAACAACGGUCCCAGUGGAUACAACUACGGUUCCAGUUGAUACAACAACGGUUCCGGUUGAUACAACAACAGUCCCUGUGGAUACAACAACAGUCCCUGUGGAUACAACAACGGUCCCUGUGGAUACAACAACGGUCCCAGUGGAUACAACAACAGUCCCUGUGGAUACAACAACGGUCCCUGUGGAUACAACAACGGUCCCAGUGGAUACAACAACAGUCCCAGUGGAUACUACUACGGUUCCAGUUGAUACAACAACAGUCCCUGUGGAUACAACAACGGUCCCUGUGGAUACAACAACGGUCCCUGUGGAUACAACAACAGUCCCUGUGGAUACAACAACGGUCCCAGUUGAUACAACAACAGUCCCUGUAGAUACAACAACAGUCCCUGUGGAUACAACAACGGUCCCAGUGGAUACAACUACGGUUCCAGUUGACACAACAACGGUUCCAGUUGAUACAACAACGGUUCCGGUUGAUACAACAACAGUCCCUGUGGAUACAACAACAGUCCCUGUGGAUACAACAACGGUCCCAGUGGAUACAACUACGGUUCCAGUUGAUACAACAACGGUCCCAGUGGAUACAACAACGGUCCCAGUGGAUACAACAACAGUCCCUGUGGAUACAACAACGGUCCCAGUGGAUACAACUACGGUUCCAGUUGACACAACAACGGUUCCAGUUGAUACAACAACGGUUCCGGUUGAUACAACAACAGUCCCUGUGGAUACAACAACAGUCCCUGUGGAUACAACAACGGUCCCUGUGGAUACAACAACGGUCCCAGUGGAUACAACAACGGUCCCAGUGGAUACAACAACGGUCCCAGUGGAUACAACAACAGUCCCUGUGGAUACAACAACGGUCCCUGUGGAUACAACAACGGUCCCAGUGGAUACAACAACGGUCCCUGUGGAUACAACAACGGUCCCUGUGGAUACAACAACAGUCCCUGUGGAUACAACAGCGGUCCCAGUUGAUACAACAACAGUCCCUGUAGAUACAACAACAGUCCCUGUGGAUACAACAACAGUCCCUGUGGAUACAACUACGGUUCCAGUUGAUACAACAACGGUCCCAGUGGAUACAACAACGGUCCCAGUGGAUACAACAACAGUCCCUGUGGAUACAACAACGGUCCCAGUGGAUACAACUACGGUUCCAGUGGAUACAACAACGGUCCCAGUGGAUACAACAACAGUCCCAGUGGAUACUACUACGGUUCCAGUUGAUACAACAACAGUCCCUGUGGAUACAACAACGGUCCCUGUGGAUACAACAACGGUCCCAGUGGAUACAACAACGGUCCCUGUGGAUACAACAACAGUCCCUGUGGAUACAACAACGGUCCCAGUGGAUACAACAACAGUCCCUGUGGAUACAACAACAGUCCCUGUGGAUACAACAACAGUCCCUGUGGAUACAACAACGGUCCCUGUGGAUACAACAACGGUCCCUGUGGAUACAACAACAGUCCCUGUGGAUACAACAACGGUCCCAGUUGAUACAACAACAGUCCCUGUAGAUACAACAACAGUCCCUGUGGAUACAACAACGGUCCCAGUGGAUACAACUACGGUUCCAGUUGACACAACAACGGUUCCAGUUGAUACAACAACGGUUCCGGUUGAUACAACAACAGUCCCUGUGGAUACAACAACAGUCCCUGUGGAUACAACAACGGUCCCUGUGGAUACAACAACGGUCCCAGUGGAUACAACUACGGUUCCAGUUGACACAACAACGGUUCCAGUGGAUACAACAACAGUCCCUGUGGAUACAACAACAGUCCCUGUGGAUACAACAACAGUCCCUGUGGAUACAACAACGGUCCCAGUGGAUACAACAACGGUCCCUGUGGAUACAACAACAGUCCCUGUGGAUACAACAACGGUCCCAGUUGAUACAACAACAGUCCCUGUGGAUACAACAACAGUCCCUGUGGAUACAACAACGGUCCCAGUGGAUACAACUACGGUUCCAGUUGACACAACAACGGUUCCAGUUGAUACAACAACGGUUCCGGUUGAUACAACAACAGUCCCUGUGGAUACAACAACGGUCCCUGUGGAUACAACAACGGUCCCAGUGGAUACAACAACAGUCCCUGUGGAUACAACAACAGUCCCUGUGGAUACAACAACGGUCCCAGUGGAUACAACAACAGUCCCUGUGGAUACAACAACAGUCCCUGUGGAUACAACAACAGUCCCUGUGGAUACAACAACGGUCCCUGUGGAUACAACAACGGUCCCUGUGGAUACAACAACAGUCCCUGUGGAUACAACAACGGUCCCAGUUGAUACAACAACAGUCCCUGUAGAUACAACAACAGUCCCUGUGGAUACAACAACGGUCCCAGUGGAUACAACUACGGUUCCAGUUGACACAACAACGGUUCCAGUUGAUACAACAACGGUUCCGGUUGAUACAACAACAGUCCCUGUGGAUACAACAACAGUCCCUGUGGAUACAACAACGGUCCCUGUGGAUACAACAACGGUCCCAGUGGAUACAACAACAGUCCCAGUUGAUACAACAACUGUCCCUGUGGAUACAACAACGGUCCCAGUUGAUACAACAACAGUCCCUGUAGAUACAACAACAGUCCCUGUGGAUACAACAACGGUCCCAGUGGAUACAACUACGGUUCCAGUUGACACAACAACGGUUCCAGUUGAUACAACAACGGUUCCGGUUGAUACAACAACAGUCCCUGUGGAUACAACAACAGUCCCAGUGGAUACAACUACGGUUCCAGUUGACACAACAACGGUUCCAGUUGAUACAACAACGGUCCCAAUUGAUACAACAACUGUCCCUGUGGAUACAACAACAGUCCCUGUGGAUACAACAACAGUUCCUGUAGAUACAACUACGGUUCCUGUGGAUACAACAACGGUCCCUGUGGAUACAACAACAGUUCCAGUUGAUACAACAACAGUCCCUGUGGAUACAACAACAGUCCCUGUGGAUACAACAACGGUCCCAAUUGAUACAACAACAGUCCCUGUGGAUACAACAACAGCCCCUGUGGAUACAACAACAGUCCCUGUGGAUACAACAACAGUCCCUGUGGAUACAACAACGGUCCCUGUGGAUACAACAACAGUCCCUGUGGAUACAACAACAGUCCCUGUGGAUACAACAACAGUCCCUGUGGAUACAACAACAGUCCCUGUGGAUACAACAACGGUCCCAAUUGAUACAACAACAGUCCCUGUGGAUACAACAACGGUCCCAAUUGAUACAACAACAGUCCCUGUGGAUACAACAACAGUCCCUGUGGAUACAACUACAGUCCCAGUGGAUACAACAACUGUCCCUGUGGAUACAACAACAGUCCCUGUGGAUACAACAACAGUUACUGUAGAUACUACUACGGUCCCUGUGGAUACAACUACAGUCCCUGUGGAUACAACAACAGUCCCUGUGGAUACAACAACGGUCCCUGUGGAUACAACAACAGUCCCUGUGGAUACAACAACUGUCCCUGUGGAUACAACAACAGUCCCUGUAGAUACAACAACGGUCCCAGUGGAUACAACAACAGUCCCUGUGGAUACAACAACAGUCCCUGUGGAUACAACAACAGUCCCUGUGGAUACAACAACGGUCCCAAUUGAUACAACAACAGUCCCUGUGGAUACAACAACAGCCCCUGUGGAUACAACAACAGUCCCUGUGGAUACAACAACGGUCCCUGUGGAUACAACAACAGUCCCUGUGGAUACAACAACAGUCCCUGUGGAUACAACAACAGUCCCUGUGGAUACAACAACGGUCCCAGUGGAUACAACAACAGUCCCUGUGGAUACAACAACAGUCCCUGUGGAUACAACAACAGUCCCUGUGGAUACAACAACGGUCCCAAUUGAUACAACAACAGUCCCUGUGGAUACAACAACAGCCCCUGUGGAUACAACAACAGUCCCUGUGGAUACAACAACAGUCCCUGUGGAUACAACAACGGUCCCUGUGGAUACAACAACAGUCCCUGUGGAUACAACAACGGUCCCAGUGGAUACAACUACGGUUCCAGUUGACACAACAACGGUUCCAGUUGAUACAACAACGGUUCCGGUUGAUACAACAACAGUCCCUGUGGAUACAACAACAGUCCCAGUGGAUACAACUACGGUUCCAGUUGACACAACAACGGUUCCAGUUGAUACAACAACGGUCCCAAUUGAUACAACAACAGUCCCUGUGGAUACAACAACGGUCCCAAUUGAUACAACAACAGUCCCUGUGGAUACAACAACAGUCCCUGUGGAUACAACUACAGUCCCAGUGGAUACAACAACUGUCCCUGUGGAUACAACAACGGUCCCAGUGGAUACAACUACGGUUCCAGUUGACACAACAACGGUUCCAGUUGAUACAACAACGGUUCCGGUUGAUACAACAACAGUCCCUGUGGAUACAACAACAGUCCCAGUGGAUACAACUACGGUUCCAGUUGACACAACAACGGUUCCAGUUGAUACAACAACGGUCCCAAUUGAUACAACAACAGUCCCUGUGGAUACAACAACGGUCCCAAUUGAUACAACAACAGUCCCUGUGGAUACAACAACAGUCCCUGUGGAUACAACUACAGUCCCAGUGGAUACAACAACUGUCCCUGUGGAUACAACAACAGUCCCUGUGGAUACAACAACAGUUACUGUAGAUACUACUACGGUCCCUGUGGAUACAACUACAGUCCCUGUGGAUACAACAACAGUCCCUGUGGAUACAACAACGGUCCCUGUGGAUACAACAACAGUCCCUGUGGAUACAACAACAGUCCCUGUGGAUACAACAACGGUCCCAAUUGAUACAACAACAGUCCCUGUGGAUACAACAACGGUCCCAAUUGAUACAACAACAGUCCCUGUGGAUACAACAACAGUCCCUGUGGAUACAACUACAGUCCCAGUGGAUACAACAACUGUCCCUGUGGAUACAACAACAGUCCCUGUGGAUACAACAACAGUUACUGUAGAUACUACUACGGUCCCUGUGGAUACAACUACAGUCCCUGUGGAUACAACAACAGUCCCUGUGGAUACAACAACGGUCCCUGUGGAUACAACAACAGUCCCUGUGGAUACAACAACAGUCCCUGUGGAUACAACAACAGUUCCUGUAGAUACAACUACGGUUCCAAUUACAACAACCAUUCCAGUCACUACCACUUUAUCUCCUGUCACCACUCCUCCUCCAGUAACAUUGCCCUCUGUAACAACUGUAUCUAUAACAACGAUGAUUCCUUUCACACCUCCAACUGUUCCUGGAAAUACAGGACAAGGCGUUAUUUUUGGAUCAAUUUAUGUCUCUGUAAACAUUGCAUUUGAAAAGAUUAGCCAUAUUUUCUCAAUCAGAGCUGUUAUUGCGCAACGUUUCACCAUCAUUCAAAGCGCUGCAUCAAGCUGCAGAGGACGACUUACAAAUCUGAUUGCAAUAUGCCGUACACGUAGAUGCAGACCUCGUUUUGGUUAAAUCUUUGUGCACAAUUUUGUUUUCAGGCACUUUUUUUCGAAUAUUGAAUGGAAAAAUUUAAUAAAAUUAAGACAUAAAUUCAAA